GCAGUCACUACAAUUUAGACGUUAGUACACCUCAGUCCUCAGUUGAGAUCGUUCGUUCGUUCGCUCGCGAGGACCUCUUUGAGUCAUACUUACGUGACCACAUUCCUGCCCGGAUAAAUAAGUGACAAAUGAGAACAACAACCUUUUGUGCAUUUAGUAUCCAAAUUUUUAUUUGAGAGAUGGGUUGGAAGGCUGUCUUUCGUGUUUUGGUGUUGAUCGCCAUCAUCGAAGUUACGAUUGCUCAACAGGUGUCACAGACAACGUAUCUAGCGGGUGAAGAGCCUUCAAACUCCAGCGUGUUUGAGUCUCGGGAGGGCGGACUGGAGCUGGACUUCUCGUACCACGACCAUGAUCAGCUGACGAGAUACCUGCGUGCUGUGUCCGCUAGAUAUCCAUCUCUCACGGCACUUUAUUCCAUUGGAAAAUCUGUACAGGGCCGAGACUUGUGGGUGAUGGUAGUUUCGGCGUCACCUUACGAACACAUGAUUGGCAAACCUGAUGUUAAGUACGUCGCCAAUAUACACGGCAACGAAGUUGUUGGCAGAGAGUUGCUCUUACAUCUAAUACAGUAUUUGGUUACAUCGUACGAAAGUGAUGCCUAUAUCAAGUGGCUGCUGGACAACACCCGGAUACAUCUGAUGCCGUCCAUGAACCCUGACGGCUUCUCCAUUUCUAAUGAAGGACAAUGUAGCACUGUCCAUGGCAGGCACAACGCUCGCCGCUAUGACCUCAACCGGAAUUUCCCCGACUUCUUCAAAGCCAACACGAAGCAGGCCCAGCCUGAAACGGAGGCUGUGAAGGAAUGGAUCAGUAAAAUACAAUUUGUUCUGUCCGGGUCGCUGCACGGAGGCGCGCUUGUUGCGUCCUACCCGUUCGAUAACACCCCAAGUUCUAAUCCCUUAAAUGCAGUGUUCCAAAGCUACGCGCAUUCGCCGUCGGUAUCUCCGGACGACGAUGUUUUCCGUCAUUUAGCCAUGGUCUACUCCAACAAUCACGCUAAGAUGUCGAAGGGUGUUUCCUGCCAGUCUGGUUCGCCAAGGUUCGAAAAGGGAAUUACAAAUGGUGCUGCGUGGUAUCCUCUUACUGGUGGCAUGCAAGAUUACAAUUACUUAUGGCAUGGUUGUAUGGAAAUAACGUUGGAAAUCUCUUGCUGCAAGUACCCUCCAGCCCGUGAAUUAGCAAAAUACUGGCAAGACAAUAGACAAUCUCUCGUAAAGUACCUGGCUGAAGCUCACCGCGGCGCCCACGGAUUCGUAAUGGACGACAAUGGCAGUCCCAUUGAGCGAGCUUCUAUCAGGAUCAAGGGUCGCGAGGUCACCUAUCAUACGACCAAGUAUGGAGAGUUCUGGAGAAUUCUGCUGCCAGGAACAUACAAGCUGGAGGUCAAUGCAGAGGGUUAUUUACCGCAAGAAGUAGAGUUCUUCGUAAUUGAAAGUCAUCCCACUUUACUUAAUGUUACUCUACACACAGCAAAGCGUAUAGACGGCGGUCCGUAUUACCGACCUGUGGGUCUUCCCCCCCGCCCCGCGCCCGUCACGCCGCCCUCGCCCGGCCUCUUCUCGACCUUUACAAAUUCAAUCAAUAAUUUCAUGUCCAGUAUUUUUGGAUAGUGAUUUAGGUUAUCAAGUAUUUGUGUGUUAUUCGUAAUGUUUAAAGAAGAAAUAGGUCUCAUUGGCAACAUUUGGUUGGAUUCUAUUUUGAGUGGUUUUAUUUACAAUUUGUCCUGAGAAUUGAGAAACUAUAAACCCUCAAAUCGACUGGUAUAAUAUAUUUAAUUAUUGUUAAAUAUGCAUUUAUUUUUAGAAUAGAACCCUUUAGUAAAUAUUAAUAUAAAAAAUGUAUUAUUUAUAACCUUAUAAGCAGAUUCAUGUAUCUAUCUUUCUCCAAUUCUCUUACCUAUCUUAUAUCUUCUAUUAUUAUGUAUUCCUACCGAUUAGUAUUAGGUAAUAUUUAAUUCAAGUCAACUAGGUAAUUGUAUUUAAUAUUGCAAAUGCUUUAUCUAUUUCUUUAAUGUAAUCUUAACCUUUUUAACGGCAGAAAUUACAUGUCUCAUACAUAAUUACCUACCCUGUAAAUAGUUAAGUAGGUAUCUAUACAAUUUGAAAACACAAUAUAAAGGUGCGUACAGAUUGGUGAAAUGUAUAAUGUAAUGAAAGAAUUCGCCGUACACAUUGCUGCAAUGUAUCAUGAAAUUUAUCACUUUGAAAUAAUUUUUCAUAGUUUGAGCGUCUUGUGCGCGUAAAAUGAGCAUUUCACGCGCACGACGAGCAUUACAAGCCGCAGUUUGGACUGUGGUUACACGGAGUGACCCGCAACCGUGUCCGACCAUAUUAUGUCGGUUUUUAGAACGAAAAUAGCAUGGGCGGUCGUUUCGGCAAUCAAUCGGUGGAGUGAGGAAAAGGCACUCUGCUUGAUAGAUGCGUACAGAGUACGUAAAAGUUUUUGGAUCCCGCAAAAAAAAAAAAAAAAAAAAAACAAUUUAAAAAAUCUUAAGCAAAAUACGUGGUUUAAAAUCGCAUAGUUGAUGGCAAUGACGGAAUUAAAAGCAACAACAAAAUUGUUAGUCUUCUCUCUUCAUACUGUCGCGGGAAAAAGGUGGAAAAAGAAAGGAAAGAGUCAAAGGUGUUUGCGGCAGAAUGGCGGAAACAGACUUACGCGGGAGGUUCGUAGUGAAUACGCGGUAAGAGCGCGCUAUGCGUCCACGUUUGUAGCGAACAUGCAAUGCUUUAAAGGUAGAAUGAUACAUUUCAUGUUACGUUACACCAGUCUGUACGUACCUUUAUGUCUGGCUUCAUCUGCGUCUAAGUAUUAUUUAAAAUGGAGUUCAGUGUUAGAUGGGUACCUUUUGAAGUAAUAUUCAGUACUUAAGUUUGCCUUUAUAAUUAAAUUAAUAAUGAAUUGUAUAACUAUAUUUAAUUAAGUCUAUUUGCUGUAGCUUCUAGUGUGAUUUUACUAAGAUAUUUUAUUCGUAUCGUUAUAAUAUGUAGAUAUUAUUAUAAAGGUAAUAUGACGCACCAGAAACCCUCAUUUAAGCGUCAAUUACACUUGAGGCGAUCGAUUAGGGCCCGUCCUUCUCGCAGUUAUAUCAAAUUCAAAAUUUAAAAGAACAUAACAGCAUCUUGGGAAUACGACUAACCGUCCCUUGAGUCUUUGCUCUCGAUGCAAAACUUGAUUUGCGGUGCAUAACUUUGGUAAAAGACAUCCUAAUCUGAUUGGGCAUGAAUUAUACUUAUUUAAGUUUAAUAGUUAUUGACUGUACCAAUACUAAACUAUCGUUAUGUUAUGUUACACGUUUUGUCGUAUGUCUGCUCAUAAAGCUUUUAAAAUCUACAUAAAGUAAUACCAACUUAUCUGUGAAGUGGCAAAAAUAGGAACUACGGUCGCCAUUUUGAAAUAUCAUUCGACUGUCAGUGUCUACUACUCUCGAGUGUUCCGUGUGUUUUAUUGCGAUACUUCUCAAUUUUAAGCAUUUAAUAUCCCCCGACUUUUGUGCACAUUGAAAUUAAUUAGCAACACUGAAACGACGAUGGCGACACCCUUCAGUUCACAGAUAAGUUGGUGAUACUGAAACGAAAUUUCUUCUGUUUUAUAGUCAAUUAGUAUAAUGUAAACACGUCAUAUUUGAAAUUUGUCAAAACGUCCAACACAGCAGCAUGCCAUUAGCAGAAUGUCAGAUGUCAGAUACCCUCUACCCGCGUGAUAUUACAAUGUGCGAUGUGCUACGGGCAUUAAAGAAAACAAACGAAGCUGCAUUAUCAUGUCGAUAUUAAAAAAAAUAACAAAAGCAGAAUGCAAUUGCCCCUAGCUCACCAAUGAUUUACGAUGUUAGUAAAUUUAAUUAAUAUAAUAUUUUAAUUGAUAUUGAUAAACGUUCAGUAAACAUUAAGUUAGUACCUAUAAUAUGAUAAGAACGAAUUGAGAUUGUAGUUUUGAUUAUAUCUAGAUAUGCCACGAAUAUUCGGCUAAUAAAUUACAUUCGGAUAACACCUACCUAAGAAAUAUUCGGAUAACAAAUCAAUAUGAAAAAGCGCACAUACCUAUUACCUAGUAAUGUAUUUAUUUUAAUGACAAAUAACUGCAUGUUAUGGUAAAUUAUCUGUUGCAGUUGUAUUAAAUGAAAACUUAUUCAGUGAUUGGGUGCAAAUGUCACUCAGUUUUUGUUACCUACUUUGCCGACCGCCAGAUAUUUGGUGCUUGAUCCAAGACUUAAUAUUCCUUGUUAGGUAAAAAUAUUAUAUUCAAGGCAUCUCUAGAAAUACCUAUGACUCCUAUACAUAAUUUUAAAAAAAAUUAACCAAUACUUACUAAUUAAGUAAUAAUAAUAUUGUAAAUUAAAAAAAAUCAUCCUCA